AUGGGCUUCUCCCUCAAACAGCCCGAAAGAACCGAGGGCAAGGCCUGGCCUGCCAUCGUCAUAAGUGGUUUUGUUGCAUUCGGGGGGAUCCUGUAUGGCUAUGAUACUGGCACCAUCAGUGGCAUCCUCGCCAUGCCAUAUUGGGCUCGCACGUUCUCCACGGGAUACAGGGACAACACUGGCCAACUGAACGUUACGUCCAGCCAGUCCUCUGCCAUUGUCUCUAUACUCUCAGCGGGGACCUUCUUCGGAGCCCUUGCUGCCGCUCCUUUGGGUGACAUUCUUGGUCGCCGCUUGGGUCUAGUUGCGUCCAACACUGUGUUUGUCCUAGGGGUGAUCCUGCAGACAAUCGCAACCCACAUUCCGCUCUUUCUUGCCGGGAGGUUCUUUGCUGGCUUAGGGGUUGGCCUAAUUUCUACGCUGGUCCCUCUCUACCAGUCCGAGACAGCACCUAAAUGGAUUCGAGGCUUCAUCGUCGGCUCAUACCAAUUCGCCAUCACCGUCGGCCUCCUUAUAGCAUCAGUAAUCAACAAUGCAACGCACAACCACAACAACUCCGGCUCCUACCGCAUCCCCAUCGCCGUCCAGUUUGCCUGGUCUAUCAUCCUCGUUGUAGGCAUGCUCAUCCUCCCCGAGACCCCACGCUAUCUAGUCAAGCGAGACAACAUCAAAGCCGCAGCACGCAGCCUCUCGAAACUCCGUCGCCUCCCCGAAGACCACGAAGCUGUACGUCAGGAACUCGCCGAGAUCCAGGCAAAUCACCAGUACGAGGUUAGCUUUGGCGAGUCCGGAUACAUCGACUGCUUCCGGGGCAAUCUGCUGAAACGCCUUGUCACAGGUUGUUGCCUGCAAGGGCUGCAACAGCUAAGCGGGAUCAAUUUCAUCAUCUACUAUGGGACACAGUUCUUCAAAAACUCCGGGUUCAAGAAUGAGUUUAUCAUUACCCUAAUUAUCAACUGCGUCAACGUGGGAUCUACGGUUCCGGGACUCUACGCGAUUGACAAAUGGGGGCGGCGCCCUGUCCUGCUCCUCGGUGCGGUUGGGAUGGCUGUCUCGCAGUUGAUUGUUGCCGUUGUGGGGACUACUACAACGGGCCAAGAUAGUCAGGGGACUAUCAUCGUCCACAAUACUGCGGCCCAGCAAGCGGCCAUUGCGUUUAUUUGCAUCUUUAUCUUCUUCUUCGCUGCCUCGUGGGGCCCAAUCGCCUGGGUUGUCACCGGCGAGAUCUUCCCUCUUAAAACCCGCGCAAAGUCUCUCUCCAUGACGACCGCCACAAACUGGCUGGUGAACUGGGCGCUGAGCUUCGCAACCCCGUACCUUGUCAACUACGGUGACGGCAACGCGAACCUGCAGUCGAAGAUCUUCUUCAUCUGGUUCGGGUGCUGCUUUAUCUGCAUUGGCUUCGUGUACUUUAUGAUCUACGAGACCAAAGGGCUGACUUUGGAAGAGGUCGAUGAGCUGUAUAAUGAGGUGCCGAGUGCCCGUGCUAGUGUGGGUUGGAAGCCGAGCAUUACGUUUGUUCAGAUGAGGGAGAAGGCCGAGCCACAGGAGGCUACUGGGGAGCAUCACGAGGUUGAGCUCCGUGCUGAUGGUUCUGCUUGA